AAAAAGAAAAAUGAAAUAAGUUUUUGAAUAAUUUCAAUUUCGAAGCUUUUUGACUGUUUAUGUUUUGCCGGUGCAACUUACCUGGCUGUCAAUCGUCUGUCAUGGUGGUUUAGGGUUUCCAAGUCUGUUAAGGAGAGUGCUACUCAAUCGCUUAGAAUAGGCAAGUGAAUUUAGUUAAAGAAAACAGUAAAAAGGGCGCCAAAAAAAACAACCUGUAACCUACUGUAACAUAAAAACGAACAAGCUGCCUUUUUUUUGAAAUGCUUAUCCGGAUCAAAAAAAUCUCCUUGAUUUGCUCAAAGUCCAAUUUUUUCUUUCCCUUAUAUAAACACUUUCCCUUUUCUUCUCUCCCAUUAAUUCAUUGUUUUUUUGUUCGUGGGUCUCAUUCUCUCUCUCUUAAGAAAAGCAUUCUUUUAUAUUUUUUAAGCUCUAAUUUAGAGUGAUUCUGUAUUUUUGUUUCUUGCAUAUUGGGUUCUUUUAAUGAUGGCUGAGCAAACAAUUCUUGUGACUGGUGGGGCUGGGUUCAUUGGCAGUCAUACUGUAGUGCAGCUACUAAAAGAGGGUUUUAGGGUUUCAAUCAUUGACAAUCUUGAUAAUUCCGUAAUUGAAGCUGUUGAUAGGGUCAGGGAAUUGGUGGGUCCUGAGCUUUCUCAGAAACUUGAAUUCAAUCUGGGUGAUCUUAGAAACAAGGAUGAUUUGGAGAAGCUGUUUUCUCAAACUAAAUUUGAUGCGGUAAUCCACUUUGCUGGCCUAAAGGCAGUUGGUGAGAGUGUUACAAAUCCUCGUCGUUAUUUCGAUAACAAUUUGAUUGGCACUAUCAACUUGUAUGAAAUCAUGGCAAAAUAUAACUGUAAGAAGAUGGUAUUCUCAUCAUCUGCAACUGUUUAUGGCCAACCGGAGAAAAUUCCAUGUGUCGAAGACUUCCAGUUAAUGGCUAUGAAUCCUUAUGGACGUACCAAGCUUUUCCUUGAAGAAAUUGCUCGAGAUAUUCAGAAGGCAGAGCCAGAAUGGCAAAUCAUUUUAUUGAGGUACUUCAAUCCAGUGGGAGCUCAUGAGAGUGGUAAACUUGGUGAAGAUCCCAAAGGCAUCCCAAACAAUCUUAUGCCAUACAUACAACAAGUGGCUGUUGGCAGAUUGCCUGAACUAAAUGUAUAUGGUCAUGAUUAUCCCACGGAGGACAGUACUGCGAUCCGAGAUUACAUCCAUGUGAUGGACUUAGCAGAUGGUCAUAUUGCUGCUCUUCGGAAACUUCUUACAGCUGAAAAUAUAGGUUGCAUAGCCUACAACUUGGGUACAGGACGUGGAACAUCUGUGCUUCAAAUGGUUGCCGCAUUUGAAAAAGCUUGUGGCAAGAAAAUUCCUUACAAGCUGUGUCCAAGAAGAGCUGGAGAUGCUACUGCUGUUUAUGCUUCCACGGAGAAAGCUGAGAGAGAACUAGGCUGGAAGGCAAAAUAUGGUAUCGAGGAGAUGUGCAGAGAUCAAUGGAACUGGGCAAGCAAAAAUCCAUGGGGUUACCAGCCAAAGCCUUGAAAUCUUUCAUGCAUAUCUUUGUAAACUACACAUUAUUUUGUCCUAUUACUAGAGAGUUAUAAUAAUUACUGAGAGGGUUAUAAUAACAACAGAAAAAGGAAAAAAAAAAAAAAAAAAACUAUUAUACUUUUCAUGACACGUUCUUCCUCCACUAUGAUUUUCGUUUACCAUUUGCCAAAGUCGGGCCAUAAUUGAAACUUUUUUCUUCUGGGCUAACAAAGAUAAUUGUUUCCAAA